CGCGCGCACCCUCGCCCCUUGCGUCGAGAGCCCGAGAAGCGCCAGCAAAAGCAAAAGGCACUCGCUUCUUCUUCCUCCCCAAUCCAAUCCCCAACCAAAACCCUCGAGCCCAAAUCCCGCGAGCAGCCGCCAUGGCCCCGCCACCUCCGGAGCUCCCGGCCGACAUCGUCGAGCAGAUCUUCCUCCGCCUGCCGCCAGACGAACCCGGAUGCCUCUUCCGCGCCUCUCGCGUCAGCAAGUUCUGGCUCCGUCGCCUCGCCGGUCCCGACUUCCGCCACGAGUACUGCGAGCUCCACGGGACGCCACCCAUGCUCGGCUUCCUCACCAGGCACUCCCCCAAAGAAGAGGACCACGUAUCCACCCUCUUCGUCCCCACCCUCAAGCUCCGCCCGCCUGGUCCUGCGCCUGCCCGCGGGUACCUGCGCCCACUCGACGCCCGCCAUGGCCGCGUCCUCUUCCAGACGGAUCCGCCCGGUUGCUUGUACGAAGGCUACUAUCCGGAGCCGGAGUACAUCGUCUGGGACCCAAUCACGCAUGAGGAAUGGGUAUUUCAGAAGCCCGGUCAGUUGUGGGGAGGCUGGCCCGCCGUGCUCUGUGCCAAGCCGGGGUGCGACCACCUUGACUGCCAUGGCCAUCCAUUCCAAGUGGCCUGCGUGAUCGUGGAAGAGUUUUUGUGCUCGGCCACCCUUUACUCAUCGGAGGCUGGUUACUGGAGGCCCAGUACCCAUUUUGUCCACUGUGAUCAGAAACUGGCUGUUAGCAGCACCAUAUGUGUUAUGCCACCCAGCGUCCUUGUGGGAAACACACUCGACUUUGACUUCCGUUCCACCACUGCGAUAAUACGGUAUGACUUGGCGGAACCAGAACUGUCGCUCAUCAAGAAACCGGACGACUGUAAGGAUGGCAAGAUGGUGGUGGAGAACGGCGUGCUUGGAAUGGCCGCCAUAGUGGAGUCCAGCAUCUGUCUUUGGUCCAGGGAAGUUGAUGAGCAUGGAGCCGCGGCAUGGGUGCAACCCAGAGUCAUCAAUCUCGUGCCGCUGCUGCCUCCUCUGUCCCUGUCAACCAAACCUGUGAUGUGUGGUUUCGCUGAGAGAGUCGGUGUCGUUUUCCUAAGGACAGAAGCCGGCAUCUUCACAGUUGAGCUCAAGUCGGGCCGAGCCAGGAACCUGUGCCACGAGGGUAACAUCGGUGAUCCUCUCAUUCCUUCUUUUUUCCAAGAAAGGGAUGUGCCACAGCCAAUAACUGUCAUUCCCUAUAUGAGCUUCUACAAACCAGGUAGGGACAUGAAGCCGCUGCCUCCAGGACACUCUGAGAUUGAAGAAGAUUGAUGUACUUCGACCCCCGAGGAGAUCAUUCAGUGUGUGGCAAAAAUCGAUAUGACGUCGCAAUGGCUUUCUGACUAAGGCGGAAUUACAUGGUCAAUAGUGAUGCUACAGGUGUUCCUUGGUGGGUAAUAUGUGAGUUUGCUGCUGCAUUUUUUGUGUUAAUUUGUAGAACAAUGUGGACUUGGGGUCUAUUUGCGAAAGUGACUCAUUCCUUCGUAGUUCGUACCUCACAAUCCGCCUGCUUGAGUUGUGUUUACCCUAGACCUUAUCCCAUGCUUCUGUCGUCAUAUCUUGUUGGAGCUUUUCAUCUUUUGUUAUGUUGGCUGAGCCCUAAUUCUCUGUAAAUAACCCUACUUAAUCAAUGCAGAGUGGUGCUGCUACAUUCGUCAAAAGAAAAAAA